AUGUCCAGGAAGAAGACCUCCAAGAGCAAGGGGGGAAGUGUGCCGGCUGCCUCUACGUUGCCCGCCGCCGCCAACGGGCCACGUCUGGCACAUCCCAGGACUGCGCGCCCUGGCCCAGAGGCACCGCCCAACGGGCCCCCGCAGUCCGGCGGGCCCUCACUUGGUGGCACUGGAGACUUCUACGACGUUGCUUUCAAGGUCAUGCUGGUGGGGGAUUCUGGUGUGGGGAAGACCUGCCUGCUUGUGCGCUUCAAGGAUGGGGCUUUCCUGGCUGGUACCUUCAUCUCCACUGUGGGCAUUGACUUCCGGAAUAAAGUUCUGGAUGUGGAUGGCAUGAAGGUGAAGCUGCAGAUCUGGGACACAGCUGGUCAGGAGCGGUUCCGAAGUGUCACCCAUGCCUACUACCGGGAUGCUCAUGCACUGUUGUUGCUCUACGACAUCACCAACAAAGAUUCCUUCGACAACAUUCAGGCCUGGUUGACGGAGAUCCAAGAAUAUGCCCAGCAGGACGUGGUGCUCAUGCUACUGGGGAACAAGGUUGACUCUGCUCAAGAACGUGUGGUAAAGAGGGAAGAUGGGGAGAAACUAGCCAAGGAAUAUGGACUGCCUUUCAUGGAGACCAGCGCGAAGACAGGCCUCAACGUGGACUUAGCUUUUACAGCCAUAGCAAAGGAGCUGAAACAAAGAUCCUUGAAAGCUCCCAGUGAGCCCCGCUUCAGGCUGCAUGACUAUGUGAAGAGGGAGGGCCAAGGGGUUUCCUGCUGUCGACUCUGAACCUGGCUGAAUCUCAGUUCCAUGCUGGAGGAAACAGCUCUACCUUCAAAAGUUGGGAGUCAAGUGUCUUCCUUGUCAAGACACCCAAGGCUAAUGCUCUCACACCCUUCACCCCAGUGGCCGGCCCAGAAAUGGUCUUUAAGCAUACAAACCAUCUCAUGGACCAUUGUUGCCCUCUAGUGGGCACCCCGAGAGGUGAGGAUGGCACCAUAUGUAUAGUGCCUCUUGAAAAGCUAUGCCUAUUGCACAAGGCACAGGCAGGCGCCACCCCGACUGAAGGCUGUCAGUCAUGUUGUUGGGCUGCUUCCAUCUCACUAGGAGACUCUGAUGUAGGAAGCCACAGGAAAAUCGGGAUGAUAGAACCAUGUUAUCACUUAGCGGGCCAGCCUAGUCCUCUCCACCCUGUACUAAAGUCACCAAACCACUAAUGUUGAGUGAAAACCAGUCCUCAAAGUCCCUAUUAAUAAAGGUGUUUCUGGA